AUGGCCGUUGCAGCCUCCUUGACUGAGCUACAGACAGAGGCCAGCUGCCCCCUCUGCCUGGACUUCCUGAGAGACCCAGUGACCAUUGACUGUGGCCACAACUUCUGUUGCUCCUGCAUCCACCAGUGCUGGGAAGAUCUCCAGGACAUCCUCCCCUGUCCCGUCUGCCUGCACCACUGCCUGGACGGGGAUUUCAAGAGGAACUCCCAGUUAUCUCACUUGACUGAAAUUGUGAUGCAACUUUCAAAAAGAAGGAGCAAGAGGAAGCAGCAGGAAAAGAAACCCCUGUGUGAGAAGCACAAUCGGGUUGUGACCCUGUUCUGUGAGCAGGACCUGGAGCUACUGUGUGCCCAGUGCAGGAUCUCUUCUGAUCACCAGGAUCACAAUGUGGUGCCCCUUGAGCAAGCUGCAGCUCAUCACAGGAAGAAGCUCAAAAGCUCCAUUGGAUCCCUGAAGGAGAACAUUGAAUGUGCUGAGAAAGUUCAUGAAAUUCAACUAUCAAAAUCAUGUGAAUUGAAGGGAAAGGUGGAAAAGUGGAGGAUGGAAAAAGAGAGGUUUAGUCACCCUCUGCAAUAUUUUGGACUGCAAAAAUUGAUCAGCAAAUUUAAGGUAGAUUUGACAUUAGAUCCUGAAACUGCCCACCCAAAUCUUAUCAUCUCAGAAGAUAGAAAAGGUGCCAUAUUUGGAGUGAUGAAACCAAAAUGUCUUCCUAAAUCCAAGGCAUUUUCUUCUUACCAGGCUGUCCGGGGUUGUGAGGGCUUUGAUGCUGGAAGACAUUAUUGGCAAGUAGAAGUGCGAGGCACAGGUGAAUUGGCCUUAGGUGUCUGUAAAGAAUCCUUCCCCAUGAAUGCCUGCAUAUCCCCAUCUCCAAACAAUGGAUGCUGGAAAUUUCAUCUCUGGUCUAGAACACAUGGUACAUCAGAUUCAGUGAAUCACAGACAGAUUGGAAUUUUUCUGGACUAUGAGUUGGGGGAGGUUUCAUUUUACAAUUUGAAUAAUAGGUCACAUUUGUAUACAUGCAAGGGUAUGUUUACAGAAAAACUUGUGCCUUAUUUCUCUCUUGGACCUGCUACAAAAUGUCUUACAAUCAGUAUCAUCAUAGAUGAAUGA